CCGGAAUUGGUCGCCAAACUGGGUCAAGAUUAUACCGUCUAUGCCUACGAUUACUCGGAAUACGAAACCCCCCUCGUCGGGCAGGGAAUGCUAUCAUGGGUGCUGGCCUCGGCUUCUCCAACCCCCAACGCCCCGGCACAUCAAUCACAAACAAUGGUCACCGGUCGUGUUUGCAAAAAUGUGCUAGGUUUAUUUUCAAAAGGGGCCCAGGAAACCUUGGAGGUCAAGCUGCGCUUAGUGCCGGUCCCAACGGUUCUUCAGAGCCAGUAUUUGGAAAGCAUGCAAAGAUAUCGUGAACUGAGCGAUGUAAUUCCGCAUGAAUUUGACUCCCAGGCUUGGACCAAUUUCCUCCGCCAGAAUCCUGGCUUGUUAGCCCCCACCACACAGCCAGGCGCCCGCCCUGUUUCUCCAAUGGACCAUUCCGGAAUCGAAAGAUUUCAUCGGCUUCUGAGCGAGGGGUCUACACCAAGGGAAUUACCUUCAGCGGGAGCGAGUGGCCCUUUUAGGUCCACGUCACCUGCACAAUCGGCACUGAGUUCGACGAGCAGGGUGCACACUCCGGGAAGCCAAUUUCCAUUACACCAACAGGAACCCCCAAUGCAACAGCUGCCUCAUCUCCAAGAAAGAAGCCAAAAUGAUGUUAUUCGUCCUUCCUCCAGUGCUUCCAUGCGGGAUUCUGACUUCCCGGCUCAUGUGAGGUGUGGUAGCCGGAGGGGAUCUGUCCAGUCAGGGUACGGAAGCUGCGAGGAAUUAUCUGAUCAGCAGCCACGCAAAAGGGCUAAGCUCUACCGUGCAGAGGUGCCUGGAAAGUCUGAUCUGAAUAUUGAAAGGCAGCCGAGUUCUCUCAGGGUGGCUGCUAGUACUGCUGCUUCGGUGCGGAUUCACCGACCUACGCCAAUCAAUCCCGCCAUCUCCGCAGCCCAGAAUUUGAAUGAAGAGCCCGUUCGCCCCCCUACUCCGAUAUCAAAUUCCACCAAUCUCCCUCGCCGAGUACGCCCAACACCUAGUCUUCUCCGUGAGUCAUCUUUCCAGAGUACUACUCCAUACACGUCACCAUAUCCAAUGAGCGACGAUCAAACACCGAUAGAACACACUACUCAGUCUCCCGAAGAGUCACGGUAUCAGGGCCUUUUCGAACCGUCUUUCAGCAUGCCGUCCUCGCCACCUGUUCUGGAUUAUGGUCUUACAACCCGAUCUAGCCCUGUGCUUCCGCCUAUGACAACCGAUCGUGAUUCUGGAUUCAUGAGUGGGGGCAUCGAGGACCUUUUGGAUGAUGAAAUUGGCACACCCUUGGAUGAUUGCACACGACCCAUAUCAAGGAAUACGAUCAAAGGCAAGCGGACCGUCCGUUCUGCCAUCCACCCAAGGUCUCCUACCGGCAUGGCUACUUUCUCAGAGAACCAACCCGAAAGCUAUCCCGUUCAUGACGGGCCUUUCGAAACACAACAACAGCCAAACAAGGAAGUUGCUCCGGCACCUACUCGUGCUCCCACUCUUGCAGCCACAUCACGACCGUCUUCACGUGCCAGUGUGCGACAGGCGCCGAAGCCCCUCGCCCCGGCGCCUAUUUCGCAAAGUGAGUUGGAGCAGCUCCUGAGUGCAAUUCCCACCAGCGAUCCGGUUAUGCCUCAUGGACAGUCUUGGGGCGCAUCGAUGGAUCUUGUCUCUGUUGAAACCCCUGCCCCUCAACCCAUUAGCGAGGAUGGCAAGGUCCGCAGCGGGGCCGGGGCUCGGAGACUGAAACAGGUGCAGGCACGCCUUGAAAAGUGUAUCCGUGAUGGACAAGUACCGCCUUACUGUGAAAAUUGCGGCGCCAUUGAAACGCCUACCUGGCGUCGAGCUCACUCCAAAGAAAUCACGGGUAGCGAAGAAGAUGCCAAUGAACUCACCAAGGAUCCUACUAUCUUCUUCUGGCUGGCCCUAGGACGCGAUGAUGAGGGAAAAGUUACAAAGUUCAAAAUCUACAAGAAAACCUUAGUGGAGGAUGACAAGGACUUUGCUCAAGUCCUGCUUUGCAAUCCCUGCGGUCUUUGGCUUCAUAAGUUCAAAACCAUGCGUCCUGAAAAUAAAUGGAACAAGGCCGGCAACAACAAGAAGAAGCGACCCCCUAGGAACCGUCGUAAUGGCGGCCCGCUUUCAACCACCGGCAACGCUGCUAGAAGUAGCAAUAAAAGCGAGUCGUCCAAGCCUGAUGCCUCUUCGCCGGGAGCCUCAGACGCGUCAUCACCGGCGGGUGAUGAAGGUGCGACUCCUACAGAACAUGAUAACAAUAACGAGAAUAAACCCGGGGACAACAACGAUGCAGAAAAGAAUGAUGAAAUCCAGGAGCCGUCGCCGAAACGCCGCCGAGCGAAUAGCCUAGAGCCCAGGAAGUCAUCUGAUACUGCAGGAAGUCGUUGGCAAGAAGAAAAUGCGAUGGAAGCGCUCCGGCGGGCUAUCCAGUCGAGCCCUGCCAGGAAUCUUGAUCGCAGUACUUCAGCCCCGGGUGAGAAUAAUCUUACUCCCAAGCCUGUCAGGAGAGUUUUGUUUCCUAAUUCGCAAGCCGAGGGAGGGCACCUGAAAGCAUUAGGCGAGUCAGUUCUCAACAGUCCUAGGCGAAGCCCGCGCAAUUCUAGCACCCAAGAGUCAGACAAGCAGUCUGGGGGUAAAGAAAAUCAGUCUGCGGCUGAUCUGGUAGGGCUUUUCGAUAGUCCGUCGUUCGAGUUCGACGUUUGCUCCAGUCCCACCCCCAGGCGACGAAAUCAACGGGUGAACGCGGCAGACAAGAGACACUCACUUCCUUUCGUCUCCCCGUUACCAAAGACCCGAAAGGAUACCAACCUAGACUCGACCCCCACUCGUCUGACAGCGCAAAGGCUCCAGCGUGUUCAAAGCAGUCCCGUGUCUGCAUCACGCCAUAACCAAACCCCUAAACGACCCCGAUCCCGAUUUCCCGACCUUCCUCUAUCCGAUGAUGUGUUCGGCCCGGACGCAUUCCAAGGAAUGGACAAUAUGAUCGUCGACAUCUUCUCCGAGGAUGCAGCCUCGGCAGUCCAUACCGACCCGUUGUUUCCAUUUGAUUCGAACAAGUGUGCGUCGGAAAACUGGACAGACUGGCUACCAUCAGACUACGUCUCCCCGACUGGAUCGGACAAGAAUCGGAAUGAAGAGAAUUCGACGGAUAUCAUCAACGCACUUCUAUCCGACCCCGACAUCCAAAAGGAUAUUUUUCAAUAUACCGACUCGAAUGGCCUGGAUUCAGGAUUCUUCAGCUCGGACUCCCUAAGUGGUGAGGGAGAAGUCCUAGGCGACAAAGGCAAGGCCUUGACGAAUGAAACCAUCACCAGCAAAGAACAAAUUUAA